AUGAAAGUCCACUAUUCAUUUCAUGCUGCGGAGAGCCAAUACAAGAGAUGGUUCAGCAAAUGGAAUGUCCGCAAGCGAAUCAUUGGCGACGAGAAGAAAGAUAUCGUCCAAGCCCUCGGUAGACGCAAGCGCGAGGAUACAAGUACAUCAAAUGUCCUGAUUCAUCUUUCAUCUUGGAACCUCCCAUAUGCAGCACUCACAAAGUCCAUUUCCAAGGCUCCGGACAAGCCAUCACCUUUUGGAAUUGCAGCAGCGACACCGGGCUAUUUGGUUGUCAACAGCCCCUCUGCCACAACACCUGGUCGGCAAAACGCUGGACCAUCCCCUCCAAUGCAACUGGUCAGAGAAGCUCUCCUUCGUGACAAGUCGGGCCUUUUUUGUCAAGGCCGCCAUGAGGAACUUCUCCAGAAUUGCGGAAAAGAAGACCGCAUCAUCUUGACCAACUACCUUCAUGAAUUCUACAUGCAGUCCUUCGUGGCAGCAAAGCACUGGGGCCACGGCCCAAAAGCCUGGACAGGCGGCAUGGUGUCUGCCUUGACACUCGGCAUACUGAACGAGGAAGGGCCACAUACCCCUGCAUCGAUCGUGGACGGCCCCGCAGCCCAUUACCCAUCGGCGGCGCGAGACCCUCGUCUGAAAUUCCAGCCACCGGAUCCAUUCUGUCGAUGGGUUAUCCACGUCAACCGAACGUCGUACGAAGCCAUUCCCGAGCCAUCACCUGAGCCACAAGUGGAAUUUGACGUCACAAAUACUUCAUCAUGGAGCUCAUGGACAGAUGAGGAGAUAAACGCGUCGUCUUUCGCAGAUUCAAUGAGGUCUUCCAUAAUGGAGAGCACUUUCACCUCUGUGGCUCCUGAGGAUUUGCCCAUUUCCAUCUCGGCUGUGUCUCAGUCGCUCGAGAAGGACUCCACGGCACUGGAGAUUGACGCCUGGAAAUUUGCAAUCAUUGCUGAAAAUGUGGACCUCCUCCAGGACAUGUUCAAUAAGAACGACGAAGAAGUGCCAGACUCCCUAGUUGAUAUCUAUCCUCUUCACCUCGCUGCAAACUAUCUAAAUGGCGGAAAGUCAUGUUGCGGGGUAUUCAGUACGCUUUGCUACAUGCUGGGACCGGGAUAUCGCUUCAGGAAUCCCGUUGAUGGCCUUGGACACACGGUUCUGGAUACUUUGCUGAUCGCAGUCCUACGAUCUCAUACGGCAAUUACUCCAGAUCAGGUUAGUCUCCAGCUUGGAUCAUCCACCCGGUUCUCCGGGGAAGAGAAGGACAUCUGCGGUAGAUGGGACGUCGAUACUCCGGCCGUCCGCGAGCUAUUCCAACACGGCUAUGCCCGCAUACCGGUUGGGUGGAAGCACCCAUUCUGUCACACAGCCGUCCAGGCCGUGUGCCACGCCACAAUUGGACUUUUUGGCUCACCAAUACACCCCAAAGUUAACGCUACGAAUGGUCUUUUCGUUCGCCGUUGCGCACAUUGCGGUACUGAGCUCAAGCUUGGACCGCUCCAUGCUAUUGUGGUCACAUCUUUUUAUUUGGCGGAAAAGGGAAUGGUGGGGGAGACUCUCUUUGGGCCACUGGCGGUCCUCGUGUGUCUUCUCCGACUUAGAGCCGACGCAAAUUUUUCUGUAUCGGUAUCUGCCGACGACAUUCUUGGAGUGGCAGAUCCAAGUCGAUGCAAUCAUGUCAGCCAGACCGCUCGUCAGCUGAUGGAGGCUGUCCCUCCUCACGCGGUCUCCAGAUGGACGGCAGAGUGUCAGACUGGAUGGCGGUGCCUGUCCCAAACACUUCUCCUCGCCGAGAAGGGGUCCAUUGACAAGUCCUACACCGACAGAAACCCUCGAGACGUGAUCCACGAGUUCAUUACGCCGAAACCAAGACCAGAAGCUCGCUCGCCCGUUUUUCAUAACGAGUACAUGGGCGUUGAAAAUGUGGACGAUGACGACGAUGAGGACGAUGAGGACAAUGACGAUGACUAUGAAUGCUGUCAAUUGGACGAUGACUGGCAAGUUCAUACAACGUGGGUGCAGAUUCCAGGGGGCAAUUCUGAUCUUGGAGUUUUAUGGGCAGCCAUACAGGCCGAGAUUCUGACUUAUCGACGCCUCAAGGAUAAUGACCCCUGGAUCUCAGAGAAUUUCUCGAUGCAUGCCUUAAGACGUUGGCUGGAUGGGGAAACUGACGACUUCUGCACCCCACUAGUCAAGGACGGACUGAUGCGUCCGCACACCAAGUGUGGAUGGUUCAUGGGUGAGGAUUUCUUUUGUCCCAUUGCUGAGGAGGUUUGCAAAACCCAUUUCAUGAACAUGGAUACGGACAAGGAGGUGCAUGGCAGGGCUAGGUUCAAUUAUCGGCCAGACUUUUGCGAUGACUGGGGGAGUAUUGUUCAAUGA